GCCUGUAUAUAUGGAAGCAUCUCUCGGGGAUGCAGACCUCUUAGAGCUGCCUGGCCAGGUGGAUCUGUUAUACUGACCGUCAUUUGACAUGAAGCCAGGUGCUAACGGCACUGGCAGCUUGCCACUAGCUGCUCAAGCUCCCUUGGCCUUGUCAAUGGCGCUGCUUGCCUUGGCGAUCAUGCUAGGCAAUGCUGUGGUCAUCUUAGCCUUUGUGAUGGACAGAAACCUUAGGCAUCGAAGCAAUUACUUUUUUAUUAAUUUGGCCAUUUCUGACUUCUUCGUGGGUAUGAUCUCCAUCCCUCUGUACAUCCCUCACACGGUGUUUGACUGGGACUUUGGACGUGACAUCUGCAUGUUUUGGCUCAUUACUGACUAUCUCUUGUGUACAGCAUCUGUCUACAAUAUUGUCCUCAUUAGCUACGAUCGAUGCCAGUCAGUUUCAAAUGCUGUGUCUUAUAGGGCUCAACAUACUAGCGUUGUGAAGAUUUUUGCUCAAAUGGUGGGUGUUUGGAUACUGGCGUUCUUGGUAAACGGCCCGAUGAUUCUGUUCUCAGACUCUUGGAAGAACAGUACUUACACAAAGGAGUGUGAGCCUGGCUUUGUCACAGAGUGGUACAUCCUCGCCAUUACGUCAUUCCUGGAAUUCCUGGCCCCCGUCACCUUAGUGGCCUAUUUCAAUGUACGGAUUUACUGGAGCCUGUGGAAGCGUGGCAGUCUCAGUAGGUGCCUGAGCCAUGCUGGGUUCAUCUCUACCUUGUCCAGUAACCCUGGACACUUACCCAGAGCUGCGAUGUCUUCCAGGACGUCUCUUCCUGCACUGAAGGAACCAGCCACACCCCUUCAUUCAGAAAGUCCCCGAAGAAAGAGCAGUCUCCUGGUGUCCUUAAGAAGCCACAUGAAUAGCAGCAUCAUUGCCUUCAAAGAAGGCUCCCUCUCCCGAUCAGACACCUUGACGCUUCACCGAAGGGAUCACCAGGAGCUUCUCAGAGGCAGGAGGCUGGCCAGGUCCCUGGCCAUCCUCCUCAGUGCGUUUGCCAUUUGCUGGGCUCCAUAUUGCCUGUUCACGAUUGUUCUCUCAACGUACCCCAGAGAGAAGCGCCCCAAGUCGGCUUGGUACAGCGUCGCCUUCUGGCUGCAGUGGUUCAAUUCUUUUGUUAAUCCCUUUUUGUACCCCUUAUGUCACAGACGGUUCCAGAAGGCCUUCUGGAAAAUGUUUUGUGUCAAAAAGAAACCCACAUCACCACAGAACCAGUCAGUAUCUUCUUGAGGACAGUGGCCUCACUUCUGUCACCUCGGCUACCUGAAUGGACCGGAGCUUCCAUCUUG